AUGAAGGUAGCCACCUCGGCGCUGCUCGUUGGAGCGGCCGCUGCUGUUGCGCCACAGCAGCAGCAGGUCCUCAAGUUCCCCAGCUCCUUCAGCGAGCUCAAGGAAUCUUCGUGGGCCAAGGGCAUGCACAACCUCGAGGAAAGCCUCAAGUCGCUCACCGGCGAGGCGCGCGCCGUCUGGGACGAGGUCGCCAUGAUGUUCCCUGAGAGCUUCGAGAAGGCCGCCUUCUUCUCCCAGCCCAAGCCACACACUCGCAAGCCCGACAGCGAGUGGGACCACAUCAUCAAGGGCGCUGACAUCCAGAGCGUCUGGGUUGAGAACAAGAACGGCGAGAAGGAGCGCGAGAUCGACGGCAAGCUCGAGCAGUACAGCUUGAGGGCCAAGAAGGUCGACCCCAGCGUUCUUGGCGUCGACAAGGUCAAGCAGUACUCUGGUUACCUCGACGAUGAGGAGGAGGACAAGCACCUGUUCUACUGGUUCUUUGAGUCGCGCAAUGACCCCAAGAACGACCCCGUUGUCCUCUGGCUCAAUGGCGGACCCGGCUGCUCCUCGCUGACCGGUCUGUUCAUGGAGCUCGGUCCCGCAUCCAUCACCAAGGACCAGAAGAUCAAGAACAACCCAUACUCGUGGAACAGCAAUGCUUCCGUCAUCUUCCUCGACCAGCCCGUCAACGUCGGAUACUCAUACUCGAGCGGCUCAGUUAGCAACACUGUUGCUGCUGGCAAGGACAUCUACGCCCUGCUCACCCUCUUCUUCAAGCAGUUCCCUGAGUACUCCCACCAGAGCUUCCACAUCUCUGGUGAGUCAUAUGCUGGUCACUACAUCCCUGUCUUUGCCUCCGAGAUUCUUUCCCACAAGAAGCGCAACAUCAACCUUCAGUCCGUUCUCAUCGGUAACGGUCUGACCGAUGGUCUUACUCAGUACGAGUACUACCGUCCCAUGGCCUGCGGUGAGGGUGGCUGGCCUGCCGUCCUUGACGAGUCUCAGUGCCAGGCUAUGGACAACGCCUACCCCCGCUGCGCCAGCCUCAUUGAGAACUGCUACAACUCUGAGUCUGUCUGGUCCUGUGUUCCCGCUUCCAUCUACUGCAACAACGCCAUGAUUGGUCCCUACCAGCGCACUGGCCAGAACGUCUACGAUGUUCGCAAGCCAUGCGGCAGCAACUCGCUCUGCUACGAUGAGCUUGACUGGAUUCAGGGCUACCUCAACAAGAAGGAGGUCAUGAAGGCCGUCGGUGCUGAGGUCUCUGGCUACGAAUCUUGCAACUUCGACAUCAACCGCAACUUCUUGCUCCAGGGUGACUGGAUGAAGCCAUUCCACCGCGUUGUUCCUGGUAUCCUUGCCGAGAUCCCUGUCCUCAUCUAUGCCGGUGAUGCUGACUACAUCUGCAACUGGCUUGGUAACAAGGCCUGGACUGAGGCUCUUGAGUGGCCCGGUGCUAAGGACUACAACAAGGCCGAGAUGAAGGACUUCAAGAUUGACGGUGAUGGCAAGACUGUUGGCCAGGUCAAGUCCAGCGGUAACUUCACCUUCUUGAAGCUUCACGCUGGUGGUCACAUGGUCCCCUACGACCAACCCGAGGCCUCUCUUGAGAUGCUCAACAGGUGGUUGGGCGGUGAGUUCUGGAAGUCAUCUUAG